UUUUUUGGUCCUCUUCAUAUUUUCUCAUUUGACCCAUUUUAGUCAAGAUCCCGUCACUGCCGCUGAUUGUAAUCACAGUGGCUAUGAACUUUCAAGUGGAACCACCGGAGAAGAAGAAGACUAAGAACUCGUCUCCACCACAUUCACCUCCGUCGUCGUCAUCUCCGUCGCUUUCUCUACUUCCAGAAGAAAUCGUCGUGCACUGCUUAGCUCGGAUCUCAAGAUUGUACUACCCAACGCUCUCACUCGUUUCGAAAAGCUUCCGCUCAAUUCUCUCUUCCACGGAGCUCUACGCAACCAGAUCUCACCUCGGAAGCACUGAACAGUGUGUCUAUCUCUGUCUAUGGGAUCCCAGUUAUCAAUUUCCCCAAUGGCUUAGACUCUUAGUUAACCCUAACCGAACCCUAGCCAACUCCAUCAUUAAGAAGAGAAGGAAGAAGAAGAAGACAACUGGACAAAUGUUAGUUCCGCUUACCUCGUCUAAGUUUACAUCAGUAUCAAAAGCCACCGUUGUAGUUGGUUCUGAGAUUUAUGUACUUGGCGGUCCAGUCGACUCCGCCGUGCGGGUGCUUGAUUGUUGCAGUCACACUUGGCGCGAUGCACCGAGCAUGAAUGUAUCCCGAAUGAAUGCCUGGGCAUGUUUCCACGAUGGGAAAAUUUACGUAAUGGGAGGUUGCCAAGGAUUAAAGGACGAACCAUGGGCUGAGGUGUUCAAUACAAAGACUCAGACUUGGGAAGGCCUCCCUGAGCCGGGUAGUGAGGUACGUAAGUGUUCCAUUGACAGAAGCGGAGUGAUUGAAGGAAAGAUUGAGUUUGGAAAUGUAAACGAGAUGUGUGCUUACGACACGAAGCUAUGUAAAUGGGAGUAUUGUGUAAACAAAAGUGCAGCUUUGAGGUCAGAAUGUAUGAUUGAGAAUGUUUCAUAUGGCUUCUGGAACAUGCGCUUGUUGUGGUAUGACAAUGACAUACAAAAGGAUUAUUGGAAAAGAUUGGAAGGGUUAGAGUCACUAGAUGAUAAGUACAUGAGGAAUGGUGGCUCAAGUGGUAAUACGACUAAACUAGUUGCAUGUGGUGGGAAACUCUUACUUUUAUGGGAAGGAUAUAUGAAGCAUAACCCCAAUAAUAGGAAGAAGAUUUGGUGUGCGGUGAUCGCGAUAGAGAAGUGUGAUGGAGGUGGAGUUUGGGGAAUUGUUGAGAGUGUUGAUGUUUUGUAUACUGUCCCCAUAUCAUGUCAGCUCUUGCAUUGUCUCGUUGUCUCGGUUUGAUUGACUUGUAUUCAGGUAUGAUCAGUUCAAAAUCAGUUUGUAGGAUCUAACUGUAGUAUAACAUAGUAUGAACGAUGGAUUGUUGACCAGUUGGAUAGAGGAGAAGGAAUCAGAGGCAAGAGGAGAGCAACAAAGUGUAUGAGAUUAAUUAGUUAAGGUUAAGAGGCACAUUUUGUCAAACUAGCUACUAUGGCAUAUUAGUGUUUGUCUAAUCCCUUGUUAUUAAUGAAUCUGAUUUGUUGUUUGAGUUAUCAUGCUAUGAAUUGAGUCUUUCUUUACUAACAAGUAGGGA